UGGAUCGAAGACUGUAUGACUAAUCAUCGACGGUGCAAUGUCUCUGUUAUGGAUAGAAGCUGGUACCCAACUCGUCUACUUGACUGUAGUCCCCCAGAACGUUGUCUCAAACUCACUGCUGACAACUAUACGCAACUAUUGAAGAGAUUUCCUUUGCAUAUACUCUCGCAGUUGUACCAAGACGCGGUGUAUGUGGCUCGAAGCCUAGGUCUUCGUUACAUUUGGAUCGAUGCCCUGUGUAUUACCCAGCAAGGUGAUCAACUCAACGAUUGGGGGAAAAAGCUCGAAGUAAUGGGAAAGAUCUACUCGAACUCAUUCUGCAACACAUCUGUUGCAGAAGCUCUAGAUGGUCAACAUGUGGUAUUUCACUCCCGAGAUCUGGGGACUCUCAACACGCAGGUUACGCGGUUGAACGUGGCAGGUCCUUCAAAGCCGUACCUGAUCGCAGACCCUGCUUUUUGGGUGAAAGAAAUCACCUAUGCUCUAGCCAACACUCGAGGCUUACCUAAGAACAUAUCGGUGAAUGUUGGUCGUUUUUAA